UCAAAUUUGUUACUCCAGUGGUUAUUGCAUCCUUUCUGAUAUUCUUGUUCGUUUCAAUUUGGAUAAUGAAACGACAGAAGAAAGGGAAGUCCAAAGAUGUUGAAAAGGUAUUGGAGAUCGGGACUCAUCAAUUAGUUUCUUAUCACGAGAUUCAACGAGCAACAAAUAAUUUUGAUGAAUCCAAUUUAAUUGGUGAGGGAAGCUCUGGCUCUGUGUACAAAGGCACAUUGUUUGGUGGAACUGCAGUGGCCAUUAAGGUUCUGGAUUUGGAAAACGAGCAAGUAUGCAAGAGGUUUGAUACCGAAUGUGAAGUGAUGAGAAAUGUUAGACACAGAAAUCUUGUUUCAGUGAUUACUACAUGUUCUAGUGACUAUAUAAGAGCCUUUGUUCUGCAAUAUAUGCCCACUGGAAGUCUUGAGAAUUGGCUGUACAAAGAAGAUCGACACUUGAACCUUCAUCAAAGAGUCACUGUAAUGCUUGAUGCAGCUAUGGCAGUUGAAUAUCUACACCAUGGUCAUAACACUCCAAUAGUUCAUUGCGACCUGAAGCCAGCCAACGUUCUUUUGGAUGAAGAUAUGGUGGCUCAUGUUGGUGAUUUUGGAAUCUCUAACAUGAAAGAAGUGAUCAGCAUCUGUUCUUUUCUGAGCUGCAAGUUAAUAUGAUGUUUUUUGUUUCUUUAGUAAAGUCGUCGUAUAGUACUUACUACUUGGAGUCAUGUAUUGUUUGUAAUUUCAUUUGAGUGAUUUGAACCUAUUUUACUUUAUCUAUUUGUAAUUAUGUUUUGAAUGCUUGAAAGAAACAAGAAUGAAAUUAAUAAAGGUGUUUAGCUGCACUAUUUUGUUUUUUG